AAAAAAAUUCAAGAAAGAAGAUUGGGAAAGUGCGACGCAGAGACAGAGUUCCGAGCUCCAUCUUCUUCAAGCUCCCUGCCGAAGUAGCAGAAAAAAAGUGCGACGGCAAAGGGGGGACUGAGAGAGAGAGAGAGAGAGCUUAUUUUGAGCUGGGCAUUGAACUCUUUUCUGUUUCGACGCCCAUGAAGCGGCUCGCCUCUUCAGAAUUCAAUCCCAGCUUCUUGUGAGCGAGCUAUGAGGAACUCCCUCAUCUUCCUUUCUCUCGCAGCUCUUCUCGUUUUUUACAGCCUCAGGUAUCAGGCGGAUGCAGCCCCUGCAGGGCCAUUGAUAAAACACCUAUCUUCUCUUCUUAAGUGGACGAGGCCCGUCUCUAGAUCUCCCCAGUCAGAUGGGGACGUUCUUCAAUUUGAGAAUGGAUACUUAGUCGAAACUGUCGUGGAAGGGAAUGAGAUUGGUGUAAUUCCCUAUAAAAUUCGCGUCUCGGAUGACGGUGAACUCUUUGCCGUUGACGAAGUCAACAGCAACAUCGUUAAGAUCACACCCCCUUUGUCCCAGUAUAGCAGAGCGAGAUUGGUCGCUGGUUCAUUUCAGGGUUACUCAGGACAUGUUGACGGAAAGCCUAGUGAGGCUCGUUUUAAUCAUCCUAGAGGUGUUACUAUGGAUGAUAAAGGGAACGUGUAUGUUGCUGAUACCUUGAAUCUCGCCAUCAGGAAAAUCGGGGACUCAGGUGUGACAACUAUUGCUGGAGGAAAAUCAAAUGUUGCUGGCUACAGGGAUGGACCAAGUGAAGAUGCACAAUUUUCCAGCGACUUUGACGUCAUAUAUGUUAGGCCCACAUGUUCUCUGUUAGUUGUCGAUAGAGGGAAUGCUGCUCUUCGACAGAUCUCUCUCGAUCAAGAAGACUGCGAUUAUCAGUACAGUUCGAUCUCUUCUACAGAUGUCCUUAUGGUUAUUGGAGCGGUGCUGGUAGGAUACUCUGCGUGCAUGCUACACCAGGGAUACGGGCCUUUUUCCUUCUUAAGAAGGAAAAGAAAAAGCAAACGUCCGAAAGAUUUUCCCGAACCAACCAAGUUUUCUUUGUCUUCAAUUUUGCAGCCUCUGUCUCCAUCUGUUGAAGUCAAAGAACAGUCUCCUCAGGAGGAAAAGCAAAUCCCAGUAGUGGAGAACGUGAAAAAUGAAGAGCCGGGUUGGCCUUCUUUCGGACAGCUUAUUCUCGACCUUUCCAAGCUAGCUGUUGAAGCCCUGGGCGGAGUACUACUUUACUUUGUACCCUCACGCCUAAAACCCAAUGGCUCGAGGACGGGCCUCGAACCACUGAAGGACACCCUGCGAAUGCCUGAAGAUGAGCCUGAACCUGAACAGACUCGGAAGCAGAGAGCUCCAGUCCCACUCUCAGAAACCCGACAAGCGCAUCCUCCUCCUCCCACGGUUGAUCAUAAGAUCCAUAACCAAUCAGAACCUGCAGCCAAGGCUGUGAAGUUCAAAUCAACCAGCUUCAGGGACCCUUCAGUCAAGCACCGAAAGCAGCAGGAAUACGCGGAGUUCUAUGGAUUGGGAGAGUUGCCUCCUCCUCCUUAUGCGAAGUCGAAGAGCCACAAAGAGAGGACCAGGCAUCGCCAACGGGAGAAGAGCGCAGAGGCUGUGGAGCAAAAGCAAUCAGGUGAGAUGAAGGGUGCUGACUAUGAGAACCACCCAAAGUUCGAGCAUUACAACAUCAGAGGCAAGUAUGGUUCCAGUGACUCGUUUCGGUUUUGAAUCGAACUGUCGUAUCAUAUAUAUAAUAUACAAAUUAUUGACCAUAUAUUUUAUUCGAAGUUGUAGUUGGGGAUCAUAUCGGGUAAAAGCAGCAAAAAUAAAAAUAAAAAUGCUUGAGUGUAAUAACAGACAGUAACGAGGUUUAAGUGAGGUUUUUGAUGGCCAAGCUCAUGUACGUCAUCGGAGUUACGCUCUCCGACAGUCGCCUCUUUCCCAAUGCGAUUCGAGAUGGUUCUGAUGAUUA